UCCCAUCAUCCUUAGCUUAUAUUGAAGAAAUAUUAUCAGCUAGAGUCGAUGUAGACUAGACCAAAUUGUCAAUCAGCCGCCGACUAGGUGUUUCCUGUGUGGCCUAACCAUCAACCUGGCGACGACUCGUGGUGCCGGCAUACGAUAUGUUUGUGUCUGUGGGUCGAUGAUCCGUUUAUCGUCUCGGCGUCACACGCCGAUCAUCGUGUAUAUUUCUUUUGGUUCGUCUGCCAUUUUGGAGAUUCGAGUCGCAUGUAAAAACACAUCAAAUUCACCUGUCGUGAUAUUACCGAACCGCUCUUUUCCGCUCCGCUUCAGCUCGUGAAAAACGACGAAAGACAAGUUCGUUCAGUUUCAAUGGCAGCUUGGCCCCUCUGCGAGUCACGCGGAUUAGCCAACUCUGAGCUUGUGUAAAGCCAGACGUCUGCGCUGGCGGGUACUGGUACCCUCGGGUUUCCAACAACCAGUCACUUACAGAAUCUCCAAUGGUGGCUUGGUCCCUCCGCGAGUCACGCGGGUUGGCAGAGUCCCAGGUUCUGGAAGGCUAAGCGUUUCUUAGGGGGCUAUUUGAGUCGACGUGAAAGGCAGUUCAGGAGAUCCAAUGGCGGCUUGGUCCCUCCGCGAGUCACGCGGGUUAGCGGAGCCUCAUCUCGUGGAGGGCCAGGCACUGGAGAGAGACUUUUGAGUCAACGGAUCCUGAGAUAACCUUGGGUCGCUUAGUUACAGGAUUUUCAAUGGCAACGUGGGCCAUCCACGAGCCACGCGGUUUGGCGGAGUCCCAGCUGGUGGAGGGUCAGUCGCUGGAGGGCGAGCUGUGGAAGCUGAGCGACCAGCUGCGGCAGUGGCGGCGCCGCUGGUUCGUCCUGCAUAGAGGGGCUCCUAGGCUGCUGUAUAAGAUCAGGCAGAGGGAUGCGAGCUUACGUGGCACGAUUCCAUUGGUGGACGCGAGUGUAGGGGUGCUGAGCUCCCCUGCCAGCCACCCCACCUGGUGCUGCUUCUACAUCCGAGGGCCAAUGGGAUCGCACCACCUGGCAGCGGAGAGCCAGCAGGCAGCGCACAGGUGGAUGGAGCUGCUGUCUGUCACUGCUGCUGGCGCUUCCCUGCAGGUGGAGUCUCUAUCUGUACACGCUCACGCGGUGGGAAUGCUGGCCUUAAACCCUGACGCGCUUCUCUCCUCGUCCUCCUUUGUCUCCUCUUCCACCUCCUCUUCCUGCUUCUCGUCUCUCCAACAGUCACAAAGCCUGCAACCAGGCCAUGCCAUGCCACCGCUUCACCCCCCAUCUUACCCUCCGCCCUUGUACACUCCACCACAAUCCCAUGUCCCACCAUCACAUGGUAAGGCCCCUAACACCUCAUCCUCGCGCCAUCCACCCCUCUCUCCAUCUUCACCCACCCAUACCGCACCUAAUCCGCUCACCGCCACCAUUUCCUCUGCCAACGUGGCUGAAUGCGAACCACAUGGGGAGAAGCAACACAACGGGCAGCCGCAGCAGCAGCAGCAGCAUGAGCAGCAACGACAGCAGCAGCACCAGGAGCAGCAGCAGCAGCAGCAGGGACGGGCAUGGGAGCUGCGACCAUUACAGCAGCACUCUGUAGAGCAGUGGGUGAUAGAGGCCACUUGCGCAACAGGAGUAGCUAUUCCUGCCUCACUCGCUGCAGCACCGGACAUGUCCCUUGCACUGGAUGCUUGCCGACCUCGUGUUACGGCUGCCGGUACCACUGCUCGGCCUGCUGCUGCCGCUUCUCCUGCUGUCAGAGAGGCAUCUGAGCCGGCACGUUGUGACUCGCUGUCUGACGAUGAUGGUGCGUUCGAGUCGCCACGCUCGGACUCGUUCCUCUCCCUCUGCUCCGACGCCGACUGGAGCACGCCUGCCUCAGCGUUUGCCACGCCCAUGCUAGCUGCAUCCACGCCCGUGCUGACAGGGUCUACGCCUAUCGUAGCCGGUUCUACUCCCACUUACAGAGGCAGAGCCCCCACUGUUGCUGCAAUCACGGCUCGACUAGCCAGGCUAUCUCCUUCAUUAAACCCUGGCGACGUGGCCAGGGUAACAGAAAGACCAGCCACGGUUAAAUAUAACCCAGCAACGAAUACAGAAGUCUCUGCUGCCAGUAUGAGUGAUGGCUGGGAAUUCACUUGUCCCGCGGGCGCAGCAGGAUCCAGACAAGCUGCCACUUUCAUCGCCAGCAGCAGCAACAGCGGUGGCAGCAGCAGAAGAAACCAGAUGGAUCCCUUGAAUGUUGUGAGCAGGGGUGGCGAUGGCAGGGGUGACGAUGGCAGGGGUGACGUGGCGAGGAUCGGAGCCGUUCCACGAGAACCAAUUGCAGAGGCGCUGCCGGAAGGGGAGGGAGUGUCCCUUACCGCAUGUGAGCACCACCCAUUAGAGAUUGGAUCUGAAAUGCAGGCAUCAUCAUUAGCAGCAGCAGCAGCAGAAGCAGCAGAUGAUCGAUGUGGCAGUAACAGUCAAGACCGUUCAGUACUGGUCAAUGGGGCACGAAGUGUGCUGGCUGGAGGGGGAUCCGUGCCUGUGUCGACAGGUACCACCUCUUCCCACCACUCCUCUCCGCGUGACGCCUCUCACUUUGAGCCGUCCCUGCUGGCAGUGCUGGCAGAGUCCAGGGGGUUGGGGCAUGCUGCUGCUUUUGCUGAUGUGGUGGGGUUCUUUGGAGAGGGGGGAGAGGAGGAGGAGGAGGAAGAAGAAGAGGCCACAGAGGGACAUGAAAGGGAGUUUUCUGCUUUACAGGAUGAUGAGUUGACUGGGGAACAGGGAGUGGCAGGGGAGGGGGAGGGGGAUGUGGAGAGAGAGGGAUUGGGGGGAGGGGGAGAGGGGAGGAAACAACCGUGUGAGGCAGCAGAGGGCGCAGGUUCAGGAGCUGAUGGGAGGGGAGCCAAGGCUGUUGGCACCGGUUCCUCUGCUAUGCGCCAGUGCAGAGAUCAUGUGCAGGGCGAAUUGCCUGUGGAUGUAUGGCAAACAGACUCUGCACCAGCAGAGGCUUUGCCAGCAGGAGAUUUGGCAAGUGAGCCAGCAGCAGCGGAGCCAUUUCUGCCACAGCCUCUUCCCCCCGGGCUGCCAUCAGCAGGCCUUGUCACCGGAGCAUCCACAGCAGCGGCCAUCUCUUUUGAGCCAACUCAAAAGUCCUCUCCCCCCAGACUGCCUUCAGAGCAUUCACUUGUAACCACAUCAUCCACAGCAGCCGCCAUCUCUGCCGUACAUUCCGAUAGUGUGACUGCAACCGCUUCCGGGCUUCCGAGUUUGAGAUACUCAACCGGGUUUGCAUCUCUGCCAUCCUCUCCUACCAAUACCGUCAUGCCGCCCAUGCUCACCUGGACCGAGCUCUCGCCAUCCCAGGGCGUGUCAGAAGGUGUGUUACGUGCCGAGCCCUCUGCUGCAUUGAGAUGGCAUGCUGGGCAGUCCAACGCAUCAGGCAUGGAAAUGGGACGAGAGAGGCGAGGAGGAGGGGAAGCAAGGGGAGGGGGAGUGGAUGGAGAGGAGGGCGGGGAAGGAGGGGGGGAGGAAGGAAGUGAGGGAUCACGUUGUAAAAGGACCCUCCAGGGGAGAUGCAGGGACAAGGACGCACAGAUUGUCAACAGGGCAGAGAGGAGUGGUCAGGGAAUGGGAGGGGCGUGCAGGCUGGGAGCGGUGGAGAGAGGAGCCGAAGCAGGGAGACUAAGUAGCAGAGGAAGAGGUUCAGGUGCAGCGCAGGCGGUGGUAGCAUCAUGUGCAGGUGGUGAUAGCGGGAGAAACGGGAGGAGCGGAGGCGGGUUGAGGCCAAAGGAGGAGAUCUGGAGGGUCUUUCGGUGGGGCUGGCCUGUGGAUGGUGGGACGGCAAGGGAAGAGUCUUCCUCGCAAGAGCUGCAGGCGCUGCUGCGGCUGCAGCUGCGGUUUGAGCGAGCCAUGACCCAACUAAUGAACUGCCAGGUGGAGCUGCAGGCGAAGGACCAGAGGAUUUCCUCUUUAGAGGCACAGGUGUCUUCCCUUCAAGAUCAAGUAACACGCUUGGAAGGCGACAAUCUCAUGCUAAGGGGAGAGUUCUGUGCAUAUGAACGAGAUUGAACUGUAUUCAGCUGAGGUGUCUAAUGUUACCUCAGGAAGGGAUUGCAUUAGCUUUGAUGGUGACUAGCAGGGGUCUUCU